GUGGGUGGGUAUCACUCGGAAAAGGGACGGAUCGCGGGGCGGUGCGGGGGAGGGGGGACUGGCUGCUCCGCAGUGCGAAGGGCAUGGACAUUGCGGUUCUCGCAACUUGUUCCAGCCACGUGUUAGUAGUCGGAACCUCCCGCAACGGUGGAGGCCGGCGAAAACGCGACGCCACACGUGGGGUUGGGUCUCAGGGGAAGGGGGUGGGUAUCCCUCGGGAAAGGGACGGUUCGCGGGGUGGGUCGUCGGGUGGAAUGGGCGGGUUCCCCCUUUCUGUGGGUCUGCUCCCUCUCUGCUCCUCUUUCGAGGGGAGUCGAGGCGGAGCACUCCUUCAGCGCCUCCACCGGGCCCCGAUCCGAGCUCCCCAGCUCGGCGGAACCGGAGGGCCCCGAUCCGAGUUCCCCAGCUCGGCGGGAACCGGGGGGCCCCCUCCCAGGGACGGCGCCCAGCGUCCCGAGCUACCCAGCUCGGUGCCGCGGGGAACCGUUCAAUCUAAUCCUAAUCUUCUCAUUCAUUCUUUUUCUUUUUCUUUUCAGCUUUUCAGCUCUUGCCUUUUGGCACGGCCGGCGACCGUAUCGUCUACUUCAACCAUGGCAGGACAUUUUUGCAAAUCUUUUCCGGAGGCUAAACUGCCCCCAAUCGGAUCUCCGGGGAGGCACAAAAAUGCGUCCGUCGUGCGGCGAAGUCUGCGCAUCGCCUCCCAGCAUGCCAGAACAACAUCUCAGGGGACUACAUCGAGGGACCCAAGGAGGGUGGUGCCCUCAAGGGUUCGUAGUCGCCCGCCGUGCGCCGGGGUACUGCCCUCCCGACGAGGGAAAGGUUCCAGCCUUCGCGCUGUCCACGAGGACGUCGAGGACGUCGCAGACAACGCGGGACUGACUGCGCAGCCGAGUCAGCCAACACCGGGAUCUUCAAGAACUUCAACCGGUCGAUGGAUAAAUCAUCUCGAUGCGUUGCAGAUCUCUUUUGGUUUUUGCUUGUGUUUGAAUCAUCAGGCGGUGCGAUUCCUCCUCUGCAAUGAUGAAAUUUCCAUCUCGCUCCUGUAUCUUCUUUACUUUCCCCCGCGCUCGACAACCUAUGACCGCUCGACCCCUGGCCCAAAACAACCCACUGUUGGCAGGGGACCUUUUGGCAUUUUUGCCUAAUUGGGGCGCCACUUUCCGGAAACAUCAACCCCGGGAACACGCCUUUUGACCAAUCGGAAGGGUCAGGUGCCAUCGAUCAGGAUUGUUCUCGACCGUGACCUCUCCCAAACUCGCUCACUCGUCGUUUCGACAUCGAUCAGAUAACACGCGUAUCAGUGCGCUCUAGUUUUUCUCCAUCUUAGAUUCUCACCAUUAAAUAUAAUUCUCGGUUUCUCACUAUUAGAUUCAUUUGAUAACUCAAGUGUUAAAUUCAGUGACCGCUCAUCAUUAUUGUAUUUCGAUAAAACU